CUGCGCCAUAGAGUGACGUCACGCUAACUAGCCGCAUCUUAAUCCAAACAUCUACGGCGGAACAUCCAGGGCAACGCGAACCAUCACCAAACCUCCGUCGCAUCGUCGUUUAAUGACAGCAUGGCGGCCCAGAAAAUAAACGAAGCCCAUGAACAUAUAGCCAAAGCCGAGAAAUGCUUGAAGACGAGUCUAACAAAAUGGAAGCCGGAUUUUGAUAGCGCUGCCUCUGAAUAUGCUAAAGCAGCCGUGUGCUUCAAGAACGCCAAGCAAUAUGAGCAAGCCAAGGACGCUUACCUGAAGGAAGCCGAAUACCACACCGAAAACAAGACGCUUUUCCAUGCUGCCAAGGCUAUCGAACAAGCGGGAAUGAUGAUGAAAGAGCAGAAGAAGAUGCCCGAAGCCAUCCAGUACAUCGAGAAGGCGUGCAUGAUGUAUAUGGAGAAUGGGACGCCCGACACCGCUGCCAUGGCUCUGGACCGUGCUGGCAAGCUGAUCGAGCCCCUCAACAUUGAGAAAGCAGUUGAUUUGUACCAGAAGGCUGCCGGUGUGUUUGAGAAUGAGGACCGUUUGCGUCAAGCCGUGGAGUUGCUGGGCAAAGCUUCCAGGUUGCUGGUGCGCUUAAAAAGGUUGGAUGAUGCUGCCGUGGCUUUGCAGAAAGAGAAGAACAUGUACAAGGAGAUUGAGAACUUUCCAAUGUGCUUCAAGGUUCGCCACGACCGACACAAAUUGGUGACGUCACGUACCGUAAUGGUCUGCAACGGAUCGCCGCCUACGUUUCUUCAACGCAACACGGCCGUGUCAAUUAAAAAAAAAAAAUCGGUCUAUAUAUAUAUAUAUAUUAGGGGUGUCAAACGAUUAAAGAUUUUAAUCGACUUAAUUACAACUUAAAAAUUCAUUAAUCGUAAUUAAUCGCAAUUCAAACCAUCUAUAAAAUAUGCCAUAUUUAUCUGUAAAUUAUUGUUGGAAUGGAAAGAUAAGACACAAGAUGGAUAUAUAUACAUUCAACAUAUGGUACAUAAAUACUGUAUUUCUUUAUUAUAACAAUAAAUCAAUAAGACGGCAUUAACAUUCUUUCUGGUAAAGAGAUCCACGGAAAGACUUGUAGUUCUUAAAAGAUAAAUUUUAGUACAAGUUAUAGAAAUUUUAUAUUAAAACCCCUCUUCAUGUUUUCGUUUUAAUAAAAUUUGUAAAAUUUUCAAUCAAAAAACAAACUAGUAGCCCGCCAUUGUUGAUGUCAAUAAUUACUUACACAAUGCUCAUGGGUGCUGAAGCCUAUAAAAUCAGUCGCACCCAAGCAAUGGGGUGGCGUGGCUCAGCGGUAAAGUAGUCGUCCCCAAACCCAGAGGUUAUGGGUUCGAUUCUUCGCCCUGAUGAACUCGCCUAAGUAUCCUUGAGCAAGAUACUGAACCCCAUGUUGCUCCUGGUGCUGCGUCAUUAGUAGGUGAAUGGCGAGAUAGUGUAAAGCGCUUUGAGCGCCUUGAAAGGUGGAAAAGCGCUAUAUGAGUGUAGCACCAUUUACCAAGUGCCACCAGAGGGCGGCAAAACUCCGAAAAACACAACAAGUACACCUUUCACUAUGCUGUCAUUUUAAUCUGUUUGAACGGGGCAUUUGUGCAUUAAUUGCGUCAAAUAUUUUAACGGGAUUAAUUUAAAAAAUUAAUUACCGCUCGUUAACGCGAUAAUUUUGACAACCCUAAUAUAUAUAUAUAUAUAAUAUAUACUUUUUUUUUUUUUUGUCUCCAUCCCUGUACCCGUUUAUAAUGCGCACCAUGAUUUUACAAGUUGAUUUUGGGGGAAAAAAAGUGUGUGUUAUAUUCGGGAAAUUACAGGUAGUUUAAUGUUACUUCAAUUGAAAAAAAUUGUGCAUUUCUUUCAAAAAGGAGGAAAUUCCGAAGUGAUCCCAAACUUUUGAGCGGUAGUGUACCUGUCAGGCAGACUACGCCUGGUGGGCCGCUUCUGGCCCACGAGCCUUAUAUUUGACACCGGUAAUAUAAGCGAUGUAAUAAUAAGAU